AUGCCUGCUGAGCGCAACAACCGCACAAGGAACAACAAUGAGACUUCUAAUUUGGACCCGUGCUGUCGUCCUUUGGCUCCUAGGCGCAACAAUUCUCCAGCGACUGAACCCCAAAGAGCACCAACCCCUUACCCUUCCCACCUCCAAACCCUAGAAGAGCGCUUCACAGCUGGAGUAAUAGAGAUGCCAGUUCCUAGGCGUCCCAUCCUGAGCUUUCCUUCUCAGCAGGAGUCUGAUGACUCUUCUCUAGAGUUCCUUGAAGAAGGCGGUUUCCGUUACCCAUUUCCCCCUUUCCUACCAAAUGUCACUCGACGACCUUUCCUUAUCCCAGGACCUCCAGACUCGUCCGGCAGUGACGCCGUAGUUUUACACCAGUUCCCCGGGCCCCUAGAACUUCCCCCGGCAUCAGAAGCUACUACUGGAUCCUACCACGUUGCCCCCGCACAGGUUUUUCCAUCUUCAUCGCCUAUGAAUACAUUGUCGUCCCCUAACCCUGACAGUCCCCUCGCUGCAUCAACUGAUUCACCAAGUAUGCCGCCUCUUGCCUCAGACGUCUCGGAUAAUGGUAGCCUUGAUCAUGCUCCUAAUCUACGACUACUAGCUGAUGCCAGUGAAUAUGUCACGGCCACAGAAGAACACAGCAGCGAUCCACAGGAGUUUGUAGUCUACAGUGACAACGUAAUCCAACAGCCCUCUAACAACGUCACUCGAUCCUGGAGAUCUAUUCCCUUCAACACCUCCACCCCUAUCCAGGAUGUCGAUCCUCUAGAAUGCGUAUUCCCUCACUUCCCUGGAGCCUAUGCCACCACGGUCACUCGACCUCCUAUGGGAGUUCCCAUUAAUGGAAAUCCUGCCUUCGGACUACGCCGCAUAUUGACGACCCCGGCCAACGUACUUUGA